UGAGAUGAGAUGAGAUGAGAUGAGAUGAGAUGAGAUGAGAUGAGAUGAGAUGAGAUGAGAUGAGAUGUCUGGAGCAUUUCUUACCAGGAGAGGUGUGGGAGCUAGGCCUGAGAAGCUGGCCCUAGAGAAGCUGGGAGCUGGGCCUAGAGAAGACUGAGAGGAGAUCUCGUUAAUGCGUAUAAGUAUAUCCAAGAUGGAAUUUCCUUCUAGUUUCACUAGUACUGAAAGAGCGUAUGUUCAUCGGCUCUGUCAGUCUCUUGGACUGGUGUCUAAAAGCAAAGGAAAAGGAGCCAAUCGAUACCUGACUGUAAGGAAGAAGGAUGUAUCAGAACUGACACAUGCAGUCAUGACUUGUGACUUGGCGCUCCAUACGAAACAUGCUGUUCGGAGUCUAAUUCAGAGCUUUCCUGUCACAAAUAAAGAACGGACAGAGCUCCUGCCAAGGACAGAGCGAGGAAAUGCUUGUGCUGUUGAAUCUGAAAACAAAGAAGUGAACAAGACAAGUGGUCGACUUAAUGAUGGUAUUCCCCAGAUCCCAGUGAAAAGAGGGGAAUCAGAGUUUGAUUCCUUCAGGCAAUCACUACCAGUUCUUGAAAAACAGGAAGAAAUCGUCCAAAUAAUAAAGGACAAUAAAAUUGUUUUGAUUAUAGGAGAGACUGGAUCAGGAAAAACUACUCAAAUCCCUCAGUUUAUCCUUGAUGACUGCUACAAGAAUGGAACUCCCUGUCGUGUGUUUUGUACUCAGCCAAGACGUUUAGCAGCUGUUGCUGUGGCUGAAAGAGUGGCAGCAGAAAGAAAAGAGAAGAUUGGUCAGACAAUUGGUUACCAGAUCCGCUUAGAAAGCAGGGUUUCUCCAAAGACACUGGUAACAUUCUGCACUAAUGACAUGCUCCUUCGCACGCUGAUGGCAGGAGACAGCACCCUCUCCACUGUGACCCAUGUUAUUGUGGAUGAAGUACAUGAGAGGGAUAGGUUCAGUGACUUCCUGCUAAUAAAACUGAGAGAUGUGCUGCAAAACCAAACUAAUUUAAAAUUAAUUAUUUCUAGUGCUGCUCUAGAUGCAAAUCUCUUUAUUAGGUAUUUUGGAAGCUGCCCAGUAAUACAUAUUCAAGGAAGAGCUUUUGAAGUUAAAGAGAUGUUUCUGGAGGACAUUUUACGAAGCACUGGGUAUACAAACAAAGAGAUGGUAAAGUACAAAAAAGAGAAGCAGCAAGAAGAGAAGCAGAAGAGCACUCUUGCUGAGUGGUGUUCCGCUCAAGAAAACACUCACAAACUGGCAUCUCGGAGGCAAAAAUCGGUUCCAAGGGCAAAUGAAGAGUACAAGUGGUUGGAUGAUGGUGGUGACACAGUAUUUAAUCAACUUACCGAGAAAGAUGUGAAUUGCCUUGAACCGUGGAUAGUAAAAGAAAUGGAUUCCUGUCUUUCUGACAUCUGGUUGCAUAAAGAUAUUGAUUCCUUUGCUCAGGUGUUCCAUCUUAUUUUAACUGAAAAUGUCAGUGUUGAUUAUAGGCACAGUGAAACUGGUGCAACUGCUCUGAUGAUUUCUGCAGGGAGAGGCUUUUUGAGUCAAGUAGAACAGCUGAUCAGCAUGGGAGCAAGUAUCCACUGCAAAUCAUCCAAUGGCUGGAUGGCUGUGGACUGGGCUAGGCGUUUUGGACAGACUGAGGUUAUUGAUCUGUUGGAAUCCUACAGUGCUUCAUUCGGAUUUGGAAAUCUGGAUGAAAGUUCCCUGGUCCAAAAAAGUGGUAGUGACCUUAGUGCAGAGGACAGAGAACUACUGACAGCUUAUCAUCACAGUUUUGAUGAUGAAAAAGUGGAUCUGGAUCUGAUAAUGCACUUACUUAACAGCAUCUGUCAUAGCUGUGAUGCAGGAGCAAUUUUAAUAUUUCUCCCUGGAUAUGAUGAGAUAGUGAGCCUGAGGGACCGCAUUCUUUUUGAUGACAAGAGAUUUGCUGAUAAUGCUAACAGAUACCAAGUUUUCUUGCUUCAUUCGAGUGUGCAGACUUUGGAUCAGAAGAAAGUGCUUGAAACUCCACCUUCUGGCAUCCGCAAAAUUAUUCUUUCUACUAAUAUUGCGGAAACAAGCAUAACUGUUAAUGAUGUUGUGUUUGUCAUUGACUCAGGCAAGGUGAAAGAGAAGUCUUUUGAUGCACUGAGUCGUGUUACAAUGCUAAAAAUGGGGUGGAUUUCAAAAGCCAGUGCUGUCCAGAGAAAAGGAAGGGCUGGGCGCUGUCAGCCUGGAGUCUGUUUUCGUCUCUUCAGCAGACUCCGAUUUCAGAAUAUGUUGGAAUUUCAAUGUCCAGAACUUCUAAGAAUGCCGCUUCAGGAGAUUUGUUUGUACACAAAACUUCUGGCUCCAACUAACUGUCCAAUUGUAGACUUCCUUAUGAGAGCUCCUGAUCCUCCACCUGCUGUAACUGUGAGAAAUGCUGUGCAUAUGCUUAAGACCAUAGAUGCCAUGGACCCUUGGGAAGAUCUCACUGAGCUUGGUUAUCACCUCACUGAAUUACCUGUAGAGCCACAUCUCGGUAAAAUGGUGUUGUAUGCCGUAGUUCUGAAGUGCCUGGAUCCUGUUCUGACCAUUGCCUGUGCUCUUGCCUGCCAAGACCCUUUUGUGCUGCCCACGCUGGCCUCCCAAAAGCGUGCAGCCAUGCUGUGCAGGAAGCGUUUUGCUGCAGGGACGUUCAGUGACCACAUGGCCCUGCUCAGGGCUUUCCAGGCAUGGCAGAAGGCACGCAGUGAUGGCUGGGAGAGAGCCUUCUGUGAAAAGAACUUCCUAUCCCAAGCCACAAUGGAAAUCAUCGUAGGAAUGAGAACACAGUUGCUUGGCCAGCUUAGAGCCUCAGGUUUUGUGAGAGCCAGAGGAGGAGCUGAUAUUAGAGAUGUCAAUACUAACUCUGAGAACUGGGCUGUAAUUAAAGCUGCCUUAGUGGCCGGGAUGUAUCCCAAUCUUGUGCAUGUAGACAGAGAAAGCCUGGUUUUGACUGAACCAAAAGAGAAGAAAGUGCGAUUUCAUCCUACCUCUGUUCUUGGUCAAUCUCAGUAUAAAAAGAUUGCCCCAGCAAAUGGACAAGCUGCAGCCAUCCAGGCCCUCCCUACAGACUGGCUUAUAUAUGAUGAAAUGACGAGAGCUCACAAGACAGCAAACAUCAGGUGCUGCUCUGUUGUGACACCUGUCACUGUGGCCCUCUUCUGUGGACCAGCCAGACUGCCAAGUAAUGCCUUGCAGGCAUCUUCAUCCUUUCGAGGGGGAGGGGCAUCUAAUGAUAGCAGUGACAGUGAGAUGGAGGACAAAACAAUUGCUAAUCUGGCACUACUGAAGCUGGAUGAAUGGCUCCAUCUCAAACUGGACCCUGAAGCUGCUGGAAUGCUGUUGCAACUCAGGCAGAAGUGGCACAGUUUGUUCCUGCGUCGUAUGCGAGCUCCUUCUAAACCGUGGUCUCAGGUUGAUGAAACAACUGUAAGAGCAAUUACAGCUGUUCUGAGUGCUGAAGAACAGUCUGCAGGUCUGCAGCAGCCUUCAGGAAUUGGCCAGAGACCAAGACCUGUGACUUGUGAAGAACUUCCUUUGGCAUCUACAUGGAAGUCAACCAACAGCAGAAAAAACUCAACAGAAACUGAAUUGUCUGACUCUUCUAAUGCUGAAAAGGUUUCAGUGAAAUCUACAUCUCCCGCACUCCACCAGCCAAAGAAGUACAAAGAAAAAGACGUUUUGCUCGCCAAACGAUCCUCAGAUGACAGAUCAUCUCAGUCCUCAGUGAAGCCUGCAGACAGCAGCCCCUGUGCUAGUCCUUCUUCUCCAAUAUCUGGAAAGGGUUGCAAAUCUCCUUCACCAAGACAAAACAUGCCAGUUCGAUACUUUAUAAUGAAAAGUAGCAACUUGCAGAACAUUGAUAUUUCUCAACAGAAGGGAAUAUGGUCCACUACACCAAAUAAUGAACGAAAACUGAAUGGAGCUUUUUGGGAGAGCAGCAUGGUUUACUUAAUAUUUUCUGUUCAAGGGUCUGGAUGCUUUCAGGGUUUUGCUAGAAUGGGUUCAGCUAUCGGGUGUGAGAAAAGUCAAGACUGGGGAUCUGCUGGUUUUGGAGGUGUAUUUAAGGUUGACUGGAUCCGAAAAGAAAUCAUUCCUUUUCAGUUUGCACACCAUUUGCUCAACCCAUGGAACGACAGUAAGAAAGUACAGAUAAGUAGAGAUGGCCAGGAGCUGGAACCACAAGUUGGCGAGCAGUUGCUGCAGCUUUGGGACCGUAUUCCUUUGGCAGGAAAAAAACUGACUGAGCAUGCCAAGUAAUAUGACAGAGCUGGUCUAGGUUGUUGAAACUUGGCCAUGAGAACCAGCAGCAUGGCUACAAUAAAGAUGAGGAAGAAGGCAACACAACCUCCUGACAUUCUUAGUCAUGCCGUGCAGCUAGGAGUGGAAAAAUAAGAGGGAAUUGUGUUGUUUUCAGUAUUUACUUGCCAGCUUAUUUUUUGACUGAGUUGGUUAUUUUACAGUAGUGUGCAGUUGAUACUUAAAAAUACAGUUAAAUUCAAAACAAAGUUUGAAACAAUGGACCUCAUGUAAGUUGUCCGUGGGUUUACAAGAGUAUAGCAGAUAGUUUAAGUAUGCAGUUUACAGUUAAAGCUUUCUCAACCCAAUAAACGGCAUGAGAACGUAAAUAUUAAUUAAUCAAUCUUGUAGUUCAGUUAAAAAAAUACAAACUCCAAAUAUGUUGAACAGCUCCUUAAGUACUUCUACAUCCACAGUGCAAGAGAGAAUAAUAUAUUCAUACAAACAACUAGGCAGGUGGAAAUGUUAAUUUUUAAUUUAU